CGCACUGCACCCUGGGAGGCUCUUUCACUUUCAGAGAGUAGAAGGGAGAGCGUGUGCGCGAGAAAGAGAGCCGGUCAGUCAGACAGUCACUCAGUCGGUUGCGAGGAUGCUGACCUCGCGCACGUUCCUGAAGCGCACGCGGGCCGGCGCCGUCAUGAAGGUGGUGCGCGAGCACUACCUGCGCGACGACAUUUCCUGCGGGGCGGCCGCGUGCGUGCUCUGCGGGUCUCGGGAGGAGGAGCAGGAGGCGAAGGAGAAAGGGGCGCCCGCCCAGGCCCUGCUGGAGGCCCAGCCCAGCGGCGCCGCCAGCAGCCUCUGCCCGGGGCCCCACUACCUGCUCCUGGACACCAAUUUGCUCUUGCACCAGAUUGAUAUUCUUGAAGAUCCUGUUAUUCGAAAUGUUAUCAUUCUUCAGACAGUUUUACAGGAAGUAAGAAAACGAAGUGCACCAGUAUACAAGAGAAUAAAAGAUGUGGUCGCUAAUCCUGAAAAGCAUUUCUAUGCCUUUACUAAUGAGCAUCAUAAAGAAACGUAUAUAGAACAAGAACAAGGGGAAAAUUCGAAUGAUCGCAAUGACAGAGCCAUCAGAGUAGCGGCAAAAUGGUACAAUGAACACCUGGCAAAGUUGCAGACUGAAGAAAAGAUUACAGUUAUCUUGCUCACAAAUGACAGAAAAAAUAAAGAAAAAGCUUUGGAAGAAGGAAUAACUGCUUAUACAUGUGAAGAGUACAUAAAGAGCUUGAUAGCUAAUCCUGAACUUGUGGAUCGACUUGCUUGCUUGAAUGAUGAAGGGAAUGAGAUAGAAAGUGGAAGGAUCAUUUUCUCAGAGCACCUUCCACUUAGCAAAUUGCAGCAGGGCAUAAAGUCUGGCCUCUACCUUCAAGGAACAUUCAGAGCUAACAGAGAUAAUUACCUCGAAGCUACAGUUUGGGUUCAUGGAGAUGGAGACCAGAGAGAGGUAAUAGUGCAGGGUCUAAGAAACCUAAACCGUGCAGUGCAUGAAGACAUCGUAGCAGUGGAACUUUUGUCCAAAGAUGCCUGGGCUGCACCAUCCUCAGUGGUCUUACUUGAUGAUGAGGGUCAGAAUGAAGAGGAUGAUGUGGAAAAAGAAGAGGAGAAAGAAAACAGUCUAAAGACUCCUGUGAGCAAGGCUAUGAUGCGACCAACUGGCAAAGUGGUGGGAAUUAUAAAAAGAAACUGGAGACCUUACUGUGGAAUGCUUUCUAAAUCACAGAUUAAAGAGUCAAGGCGGCAUUUAUUUACACCAGCUGAUCGUAGAAUCCCUCGGAUUCGAAUAGAAACAAGGCAGUCUUCAACGCUUGAAGGACAAAGAAUAAUUGUUGCCAUUGAUGGUUGGCCCAGAAGUUCAAGAUACCCACAUGGUCAUUUUGUAAAGAAUCUCGGAGCCGCUGGGGACAAAGAAACAGAAACUGAAGUCCUGUUGCUUGAGCAUGAUGUCCCUCACCAGGCUUUCUCCCAGGCAGUACUCAGCUUCCUUCCUCAAAUGCCCUGGAGCAUUACUGACAAGGACAUGAAAUUUAGAGAAGACCUGAGACAUUUGUGUGUGUGCAGCGUGGAUCCUCCUGGCUGUACUGAUAUUGAUGAUGCAUUGCACUGCAGGGACUUGGAAAAUGGAAAUCUGGAGGUCGGAGUACACAUUGCAGAUGUCAGCCACUUCAUUCGACCAGGAAAUGCUCUGGAUCAGGAAUCUGCGAAAAGGGGGACAACUGUGUAUUUGUGUGAAAAAAGAAUUGAUAUGGUUCCAGAGCUGCUUAGUUCUAACUUAUGUUCAUUGAGAUCCAAUGUUGAUAGGCUUGCAUUUUCAUGCAUUUGGGAAAUGAAUAAUAACGCAGAAGUAUUGAAGACACGAUUUACAAAAAGUGUCAUUAAUUCCAAGGCUUCCCUGACUUAUGCUGAGGCACAAAUGAGAAUAGAUUCUGGCAGCAUGAAUGAUGACAUUACGCUUAGCCUACGUGGAUUAAAUAAACUGGCCAAAAUACUUAAGAAGCGUCGGAUAGAUAAGGGGGCUUUAACACUUUCUUCGCCUGAAGUUCGUUUCCACAUGGAUAGUGAAACCCACGAUCCUAUUGAUUUGCAGACAAAGGAACUCAAAGAAACCAACUCCAUGGUUGAGGAGUUCAUGUUGCUUGCUAAUAUCUCUGUAGCACAAAAGAUCUAUGAUGAAUUCUCAGAGCAUGCCUUGCUGAGAAAGCACCCAGCGCCACCUCCCUCUAAUUAUGACAUCCUUGUUAAGGCAGCAAAGUCUAAGGAUUUUGAAAUCAAAACUGAUUCUGCAAAGGCUCUGGCGGAUUCCCUGGAUCGUGCAGAAUCUCCUUCUUUUCCAUACCUGAACACCCUGCUGCGUAUUUUGGCAACCCGCUGCAUGAUGCAAGCUGUCUAUUUUUGCUCAGGAAUGGACAAUGAUUUUCAUCACUAUGGUUUAGCAUCACCCAUUUAUACACAUUUUACUUCACCAAUCAGAAGAUAUGCUGAUAUUAUAGUGCAUCGACUGCUCGCUGUGGCUAUUGGAGCAGACAGCACAUAUCCUGAUCUUACAGAUAAACAUAAAUUGGCAGAAUUGUGUAACAAUCUCAAUUAUAGGCACAAGAUGGCUCAGUAUGCACAGAGAGCAUCUGUUGCCUUCCACACUCAGUUGUUUUUCAAAAACAAGAGUGUGGUGAAUGAAGAGGCGUAUAUUCUGUUUGUAAGGAAGAAUGCAAUUGUGGUUCUAAUUCCCAAAUAUGGCUUAGAAGGAACUGUCUUCUUUGAAGAAAAGGAUAAGCCAAAACCAUCACUACUGUACAAUGAUGAGAUACCAUCUCUUACUGUGGAAGGCACAACUUUUCAUACAUUUGACAAAGUUACGGUGAACAUCAUGUUAGAUGCAUCCAAUAUCCAACAUCAGAAAAUACGUAUGGCUUUGGUAGAGCCAAAGGUACCAGGAUGUAAUGUUCCGAGUGAAAAAAGCAAGAAUCGUGAACCAGAAAAAAAGAAGAAGAAGCUGGGGAAAUAAUUUUGUUACAGCAUUUAAGAGAUUUUCCAACUUUUAAAUUAUAUUUGAAGAAAAACUUCUAUGUCUUUUAUACAGUUUUAGAGAUUCCUAAAAAAAAAUGUACCUGUGCUUUAACAUUUUUUUUACCAGUAUUCUGAUACAAUGACAUUUUUAAAUGCUAGUCAUGUAUUGUAUUAAAGGCCUCUGUGCCAAAAAUAUGUGAUCUUUUGGAAAUUCCUGGUUUGUCUUCAGAAAUAGAAAAACUGAUGAGUUUCAAUAUGGAAAAAUGUAUAAUGCAAGAUUGUCUAUAUUUAAUCUUUGACAGUUAGAACUGCUCUGGACUAAGGUGCCAGCUUCUAAUGUUUUCCCAUGCACAUCUUUUGCUUUCCUGAUAUAUUUGUCUGCUUUUUUAAGGAAAAGGGGCAUUUGUACUGCUACUUAUUCUUAUUAAAAGUGGACAUUAUAUACAGUAGAGUCUCACUUAUCCAACAUAAACGGGCUGGCAGAACGUUGGAUAAGCGAAUAUGUUGGAUAAUAAGGAGGCAUUAAGGAAAAGGCUAUUAAACAUCAAAUUAGUUUAUGAUUUUACAAAUUAAGCACCAAAACAUCAUGUUAUACAACAAAUUUGACAGAAAAAGUAGUUCAAUACACAGUAAUGCUAUGUAGUAAUUACUGUAUUUACGAAUUUAGCACCAAAAUAUCACGAUAUAUUGAAAACAUUGACUACAAAAAUGCAUUGGAUAAUCCAGAACGUUGGAUAAGUGAGUGUUGGAUAAGUGAGACUCAACUGUAUCAAUAAAUAUACAUCAACUUUGAAGGCUUUUAACUUGCACAACAUCAAAGGAGGAGGACAAUUGUUGUUGCCUCAGGACUAUCAAAGAUGGCAAGUGGAGAAACAAGGGUGCACAGGCAUGAGGCAACUGAAGAAGAUGGUAAUGUUAUGAGGACAACGAAAAGCUGCAGAAGACCACUACUAACAAUUAUUUCCUCAGGAGAAAAUGUUUUUAAAAACUCAUUUUUUUCCUGAUUUAUUUAUAUCCUGCAUUCUACCUGGCACAAUAUUCAGAGUAGCUCAGGGGAUGUUUUAUUUUUCCAUGAAGAAGAAUUAGCAUUUAUUAUUGAACAAAAAAAAUAUGAAAAUUUUUCUUAUUGUACAGUAGUUAUCACAAACCAGCAUAACCAGACAAACUGAAUCCUAUUAAUAAUUUAUUGUUAUUACCCUUAUUUCCAUGCACAACAAUCUAUAGUAUGUACAUUUACCUUUCCUGCAUACUCAGGUGUUCUGUUCAGUGGGCAUGCUUCCAAACAAAAACUUUGCUAGGCCUUACUUUUGGAGGAGGCCUUAUACAGUAUUUAGCAAUUCAGCAAAACCUCCACUAGGUCUUAUUUUCAGUGGAUGUCUUAUUUUUGGGAAAACAGGGUAGGAUUCAUAAACCUGCUCAGCCUCAGAGAAAGGCAAAAGCAACCCUCCAAACCUGAAUAAAUCUUGCCAAGAAAACUAUGAUCGGGCUGUUAUAAGUAGAAAAGGACUUGAAGGCACAAAACAACAAUAAAAGGGGAGGCAGUAAUCCUGUAAUGCUUUAAAGAUUUAACCACUUAUGUUUAACUUGUGCUAUUGUCAAAUAGUUUGCUCCUCAGAUAAACUGAAUGUAUCAGAAAUAAAAAGUAGUUUAGCAACAAAGACAAGGUAUAAAUAAAGUUGAUGAGUUUACUUAUGUCAUUCAAUACAA